UUGACAGAUGUUACUUCAAAUCGAGUACCGAUUUGCAAUCGUCUUGUUCUUAGCGGCAAAGACAGCUGAAGGAGCCGAAAAUGGUGUUUUCUUUCAAAUCAAAGAAAAUAUAUUUUUCAGCUUUGGAGAAGAAAGCCUUUUGUGGUCGGGAACGGGUUCUUUGCUUUCCUGUUCUGUUUUGUGUAUGAGGCAAGCCUCUUGCAGAAGUGUAAACUUUCUGGAAAACGCCGGACUUUGUUAUUUUCUUCGCGACGAAGUGCAAACAAAUUCAGCAACUGGGCGGCUUUUAGAGCGGGAUGGCUCUUUCUAUUUAAAAAAGGUAUUUCACGUUGAUUUUUUCACAUCUGUAAACCCGCAAAAAAACAUGACGCAAAAACUCGGAAGUUCAAGCCAGCAUUCAGUAGUAGGUCACUCGUGCCAGACCCUCCACAGGACGAAUCCUACUUCAAACUCUGGUGUCUAUUGGAUUGAUCCUUUUGGUGGAUCUCGGGCCAACGCUUUCAGGGCUUACUGUGAUAUGGAGACUGAUGGAGGAGGCUGGACACUAGUAUGGAGCUAUUCCUUUACUAAUUACAGUCAUUUUAACAGUAAAUCGAAUGCGAUCACUCCGAGGCCAAACUGGCCGGUGAGAUCUGAAGUAGAUGUUCUUAUCUCCACGACUCCUCCAUUAAAUGAAACAGACUACAACGCCAUGAACUUCUCACUCUGGAAACAACUCGGCAGACAGGUGCUCAUUAAGAGCAACAUAAACAACUGGCUGGUGUGUCAUCCGGGAAAUGGCAGCUUGGUUGAUUGGCAGGAAGGUGAUGUAAACUGUACGAUCAUCAAACACGUGACUGACCCAAGUCACGAAGUGGUCCCCUCUAAGUUUUCACCUGACCAACAAAAUCGGUAUGGACCGCUGUUCUAUGUGAGUGAGCACUCGCGUGGCUUUUAUUACUAUUUUGACGGUUACACAGGAAAGCAUUGGCCUACCCAUGAUCCUCUGGGAACAAAUAAGCCCAACCAAAAGAAAAAUGUUGCUGAUCCACAUGGCAACAUUUUUAUUCGGGCCGAGUAGCAAAGACAUAAUAACAAACUCUUGCACACAAAUACUUCAAGAGGUGAUUAAAUUCUUAAAACUUGAUUGCAUUACCCGGAAAAUCAUUACAUUACCUGGCAAACAAAUGACGAAAAUCAAUCAACGUAUCAGCUAGAUGGUGUUAUUCUGAUAGAACUCUUAACUCCUAGCGAUACUUUUUCACUGAAAACAAGUUGGACUGGAAAGAAGAAUUUCGGAUCAGAUUUUAGAAGCUAAAGGUUCACGCUUGAUUCGCUCCUAUGAGAUGAGCACGAGCGAGAUCUCCUACUUUGCGGAACACUCUAUAGAGAACAUGCGCCAAUUGGUAACGCAAUAAAAAAUGUGUAACGCAAAACAACAUUUAGUUUUCUGAAAGACAGUACAGUUAACACUCUAAACGUUAAAACUGAUGUUAAUCUGCACAGGAUAUC